AUGCCAACAGAUUAUUUGACACGCCCCUUGGAGGAACCGAUCCUAAAGCAACCUUACAAACCAGUCUACUACUUCUUUUACGGCACCCUCACUCAACCCAAGAUCCUGUUGCACAUCCUCGAUCUCAAAGAACCACCCCUUCUGCGGCCUGCGAAACUAAUCGGCUACGCACUCUCAAACUGGGGCCAGUACCGUGCCCUUAUAGACGGCGAACCCGGUGAAGAAGUAACAGGAUGCGCGUACCUCGUCGGGUCGAUUGAUGACGAGCUGAAGCUUGCCCGGUAUGAGACAAAUGCUUACGAGCCGGUCCAGUGCCGGAUUCAAUUCACAGACGAUCAAAGUCCAGCACAAGCGCAUGGCAUGACGUUCAAAUACGCAGGGGAUGACGAGGCCUUGAACGCCGGAAAGUUUGAUCGGAAAUUAUGGGAACUGCAGAUGGGCACGAGGCUACCGGAGAAGUGGAGAACCACAGAUGCACCUUCGAAGAAGUGA